AUGGAAGAGGAGAUGAAGACAUGGAUGUUUAAGCUCGUGCGCAGCCCGACUUGGAGUCAAGAAGUUGUUUUCAAGUGCCUUGGAGAAGGAAUUCUUGAAAAAGCCUUUCAGGGGUAUAACGCUUGUAUUUUUGCAUAUGGCCAGACAGGCUCAGGAAAAUCCUUCUCCAUGAUGGGCAACGCCGAGCAGCUGGGCCUCAUCCCGAGGCUGUGCUGUGCCCUGUUCCAGAGGAUCUCCGUGGAGCAGAACGAGUCGCAGACCUUCAAAGUCGAAGUGUCCUACAUGGAAAUUUAUAACGAGAAAGUGCGGGAUCUCUUAGACCCCAAAGGGAGCAGACAGUCUCUUAAAGUUCGAGAGCAUAAAGUUUUGGGACCAUAUGUAGAUGGUUUAUCUCAACUGGCUGUCACUAGUUUUGAGGACAUCGAGUCUCUGAUGUCGGAGGGAAAUAAGUCUCGGACAGUGGCCGCCACCAACAUGAACGAAGAAAGCAGCCGCUCCCACGCCGUGUUCAACAUCGUCAUCACUCAGACGCUGUAUGACCUGCAGUCCGGGAACUCGGGAGAGAAGGUCAGUAAGGUCAGCCUGGUAGACCUGGCGGGGAGCGAACGAGUGUCUAAAACGGGAGCCGCGGGCGAGCGACUGAAAGAAGGAAGCAACAUCAACAAGUCCCUCACAACCCUGGGUUUGGUUAUCUCAUCACUGGCCGACCAGGCAGCUGGGAAGGGUAAAAACAAAUUUGUGCCUUAUCGAGACUCGGUCCUCACGUGGCUCCUGAAGGACAAUCUGGGGGGCAACAGCCAGACCUCCAUGAUCGCCACCAUCAGCCCCGCCGCGGACAACUACGAAGAGACCCUCUCCACCCUACGCUACGCGGACCGAGCCAAGAGGAUCGUCAACCACGCCGUGGUCAACGAGGACCCCAACGCCAAAGUCAUCCGGGAGCUGCGGGAGGAGGUGGAGAAGCUGAGGGAGCAGCUGUCGCAGGCAGAGGCUAUGAAGGCCCCUGAGCUGAAGGAGAAGCUUGAAGAGUCUGAAAAGCUGAUCAAAGAACUCACGGUGACUUGGGAGGAGAAGCUAAGGAAAACAGAGGAAAUUGCACAGGAGAGGCAGCGGCAGCUCGAGAGCAUGGGCAUUUCCCUGGAGACGUCGGGCAUCAAGGUGGGGGAUGACAAGUGCUACCUCGUCAACCUGAACGCGGACCCCGCCCUCAAUGAGCUCCUGGUCUAUUACCUGAAGGACCACACGAGAGUGGGUGCGGACACGUCCCAGGACAUCCAGCUCUUCGGUAUCGGCAUCCAGCCCGAGCACUGUGAGAUCCACAUCGCGGCAGACGGAGACGUGACUCUGACUCCCAAAGCCAAUGCCCGGUCCUGCGUGAACGGCACCCCCCUGAGCAGCACCGCCCAGCUGUGGCACGGCGACCGGAUCCUGUGGGGAAAUAACCACUUUUUCAGGAUCAACCUGCCCACGCGGAAGCGGCGGGACUGGCUGAAGGACUUUGAGAAGGAAGCGGGGCCGCCCGAGCACGACCUGGACGCGGCCAGCGAGGCAUCCUCCGAGCCCGACUACAACUACGAGUUUGCACAGAUGGAGGUCAUCAUGAAGACGCUCAACAGCAACGACCCCGUGCAGAACGUGGUGCAGGUGCUGGAGAAGCAGUACCUGGAGGAGAAGCGCAGCGCCCUGGAGGAGCAGCGGCUCAUGUACGAGCGGGAGCUGGAGCAGCUCCGCCGGCAGCUGUCCCCCGAGCGCCAGGGCCAGAGUGGCGGCGCCGAGCGCCUGGGCUACAGCUGCCAGACAGCGCAGCAGAAGGUGACCCAGUGGGCCGAGGAGAGGGACGAGCUCUUCCGCCAGAGCCUGGCCAAGCUGCGCGAGCAGCUGGUGAAAGCCAACACCUUGGUGCGGGAGGCCAACUUCCUCGCCGAGGAGAUGAGCAAGCUCACGGACUACCAGGUGACCCUGCAGAUCCCCGCCGCCAACCUCAGUGCCAACAGGAAGCGGGGGGCCAUCGUGAGCGAGCCGGCUAUCCAGGUGCGACGGAAGGGGAAGAGCACCCAGGUCUGGACUAUCGAGAAGCUGGAGAACAAGCUCAUCGAUAUGCGGGACCUUUACCAAGAGUGGAAGGAGAAAGUCCCCGAGGCCAAGAGGCUCUGUGGGAAGCGAGGGGACCCUUUCUAUGAAGCCCAGGAGAAUCACAACCUCAUUGGCGUGGCCAAUGUCUUCCUGGAGUGCCUCUUCUGUGAUGUGAAGCUUCAGUAUGCAGUUCCCAUCAUCAGCCAGCAGGGGGAGGUGGCCGGCCGUCUGCACGUGGAGGUGAUGCGCGUGACGGGCGCCGUCCCCGAGCGCCUGGCAGAGGAUGACUCCUCUGAGAACUCGAGCGAGAGUGGGAGCCUGGAGGUGGGGGACGGCAGCGCAGAUGGCCUGCACCGCGUGCGCAAGCUGACGUGCCGGGUGAAGAUCAAAGAGGCCACAGGGCUGCCCUUAAACCUGUCAAAUUUCGUCUUCUGCCAAUACACCUUCUGGGACCAGUGCGAAUCCACGGUCGCCGCCCCCGUGGUGGACCCCGAGGUGCCGUCCCCACAGUCCAAGGACGCCCAGUACACAGUGACGUUCUCCCACUGCAAGGACUACGUGGUGACGGUGACGGAGGAGUUCCUGGAGUUCAUAUCCGACGGGGCUCUGGCCAUCGAGGUGUGGGGCCACCGCUGCGCCGGCAACGGGAGUGCCCUCUGGGAGGUCGGCUCGCUGCACGCCAAGACACGGACGCUGCACGACAGGUGGAACGAGGUGACGCGCCGCAUCGAGCUGUGGGUCUCCAUCCUGGAGCUGAACGAGCUCGGGGAGUACGCGGCCGUGGAGCUCCACCAGGCCAAGGACGUCAACACGGGCGGCGUCUUCCAGCUCCGCCAGGGCCACUCACGGAGAGUGCAGGUCACCGUGACGCCAGUCCAGCACUCAGGGACCCUGCCCCUGAUGGUGGAGGCCAUCCUGUCCGUGUCCAUCGGCUGUGUGACCGCCAGGUCCACCAAGCUCCAGAGAGGCCUGGACAGUUACCAGAGAGAUGAUGAGGCUGGUGGUGAUAUGGAUAGUUAUCAGGAGGAAGACUUGAACAGCGUGAGAGAGCGGUGGUCGGACGCGCUCAUUAAACGGCGCGAGUACCUCGAUGAGCAGAUCAAGAAGGUCAGCAAUAAAAAAGAGAAGACGGAGGACGACGUGGAGCGGGAGGCGAGGCUGGUGGAGCAGUGGGUGGGGCUCACGGAGGAGCGGAACGCCGUGCUCGUCCCCGCGCCGGGCAGCGGCAUCCCCGGGGCUCCGGCCGACUGGGUCCCGCCGCCUGGAAUGGAAACGCACAUCCCAGUGCUCUUCCUGGACUUGAAUGCGGAUGACCUCAGUGCCAACGAGCAGCUGGUGGGUGCCCGCGCAUCGGGGGUGAACUCCAUCCUGCCCAAGGAGCACGGCAGCCAGUUCUUCUACCUGCCCAUCAUCAGGCACAGCGACGAGGAGGUCUCGGCCACGGCCUCCUGGGACUCGUCGGUGCACGACUCCGUGCACCUGAAUCGGGUCACGCCCCAGAACGAGAGAAUCUACCUGAUCGUGAAGACGACGGUGCAGCUCAGCCACCCGGCGGCCAUGGAGCUGGUGCUGCGCAAGCGCAUCGCGGCCAACAUCUACAACAAGCAGAGUUUCACCCAAAGUUUGAAGAGGAGAAUAUCCUUGAAAAAUAUUUUUCAUUCCUGCGGGGUGACCUACGAAAUAGUGUCGAACAUACCAAAGGCCACGGAGGAGAUUGAGGACCGGGAGACGCUGGCCCUCAUGGCGGCCCGGAGCGAGAACGAAGGCACGUCGGACGGGGAGACGUACAUCGAGAAGUACACGCGGGGCGUGCUGCAGGUGGAGAACAUCCUGAGCCUCGAGCGGCUCCGGCAGGCCGUCACCGUCAAGGAAGCUCUUGCCACCAAAGCCCGGCAGCUGCGGAGGAGCCUCAGCACGCCCAACGUCCACAACGUGUCUUCCAGUCGGCCAGACCUUUCUGGCUUUGAUGAAGAGGAUAAGGGUUGGCCAGAGAACCAGUUCGACAUUUCUGACGCCAGCUCCAGUUACCAGGAUGUUGCCUGCUAUGGAACUCUGCCCCGGGAUUCCCCAAGAAGAAGCAAAGAAGGGUGUACGCCGGAGAGUAAUCCUCAUGCCUCAGCCAUCAGCCCGUUUAAAGCAUUCUCCCCGCAGCCACCAAAGUUUUUCAAACCCCUCAUGCCUGUGAAGGAGGAGCACAAGAGGAGGACGGCCCUGGAGGCGAGGCCUCUCCUCAGCCAGGAGAGCAUGCCUCCACCGCAGGCACCUAACCCUGACUGCAUUGCGCCCUCGGGAAGCACAGGCGGCAGCAUGCCACUAGAACACAAUAGCAAACGGGAGAAGAAGAUUGACUCGGAGGAGGAGGACGGCGACCUGGACCCCGUGUGCAGGAAGCUGCUGGGCGCGCAGCCUUACGUCCCGGUGGAGUUCGCCGACUUCAGCAUGUACAACGCGGGCCUGGAGAACAGGGAGUGGUUCGCGUGCAAGGGCGAGCUGCCCGGCGCCCGGGGCCCGGAGAAGGAGGUGUCCCGCAGCCCCACCACCAGCAGUAUUACCAGCGGCUACUUCUCCCACAGUGCCUCCAACGCCACCCUGUCCGACAUGGUGGGCCCCUGCGGCGACAGCUCGGACCAGCUGGCCGCCCAGGCCAAGGAGGCCGACGCCAGCGAGCCGCCCGGGCCCGCCGCCGCCGCCGCCACCCGAGAGGCGCCGGAACCGGACCGAGGAGGCGCGGCCGUCCAGGGUCCGAGCGCGCCGGUGCCACUCAAGGAAAACAGUGCCUUAGCCAAAGGGAGCCCGGCGUCCCCCAGCCUCCCCGACACCCCCUUGGGGCCGCACAGCAGGACGGGCUCCUGCUCGAACGGAGACGCCGGCGCCAGCAAGAACGGCCAGGUGGCCAGGGAGUUCUGCCCCCGGGAGGUGACCGUGGAGCGGACCACGGCCGUCCUGGAGGACUACUCUUUCACGGAGUUCAUGGGCGUGUCCGACGGGAAGGAUUUCGACGGUUUGGCCGAGUCUCCGGCCGGAGAGCCUUUGAGUCGAAGGACCGUCCCCAACAAACUAGACAGUAAGAGAGCCUCAGGUGGCCCCCGGGAGCCCGGCCAGGUGCAUCCCUCAGCCGAGAGUGACCAGGGGCUCAGGACCGCCCGGUGAGAGCAGCCAGCAUCACUGCAGGCCACGCGGUGGUGGCCAUCACCAGCCCAGCCGACCUCACACCUCGAGGGGAAGCCAGGCCCUCCCCGGGUGCCGCCUUCCCCUCCCAGUGGAGACCAGCGGCACUUUGUGACCCGGGGCCGAUCGGCGACCUCCACUUUCCCCAGGAAGGCAGAGGACGAACACCCCGGAUCCAUCCAGCGGCAGUAUUUUUGUUUGCACUUAUCUACACUCUCCACUGUGUAGAGAGACCUCCACGGCUUCAGACUCUUCUCUGUUCUUGUACAGUUUUAAGCAGUUCUUACUGUAGAAGCUAGAGUUGAUGCUCCGGUUUGUUGUCGGGGUUUUGUUUUAUUUCAUAAAUAAUAUAUGAUGUAUAUGAAAUGUGUAUCUAUAGUGUGUUGGGGACAAGACUGCACACUGAAAGGCGUAGCAGAGUGGCUUGGAGAAAAAAAAAAAACCAUAAGGUACUGGACUUUGUAUUUUAAAGGAAAACAAAGCAAACGAACAAAAAAAAAAACAAAAAAACUUGGACGGUGUCUCCUACACGAGCAACCGGAAACGAGUCUCUUGCCUGUGGAGGAGGUUGCAGAUGGCUCUUGGCAGAAAGGGUUCCAGAAUGCUGUUCUUGAUAACCAAAGAACUUCCACGCGACGGAGCGCGUUGGCCGCCCACUCUUGUCUGUGUUUCUGUCUGUCUGACUGCAAGCCGGGCGCCACGCUCCCCUGGGCUACAGGCCACAUGGGCUGCCGUCCUGCUGCCGUCCUGCUUCAGAAACGCACUGAACACUCUCACCACUGAAAUUCUUUGGUCUUCCACCUGGCCCAGCCCCUGCCGGCUGGACGCCAGGUUCGAAAUGCCUCCAGAUCCUGGCAGUUUUGAUCCUACUGAUUCAGCUCAGCCGGCCGGUGGGGCGCAGAGAGCAGUAUUACUGUAAGGGGACACAGGAGAUACCGAGUUGGUUUGGGGUGGGGGGGCGGGGA